AUGCCAUGUAAACGUUUUCUCAAUUACAAUAUUCAAACUAACGCGCCAAAAUCUUCAUUCGGAUUCUUACGCAUGCGCGCUCUUGCGCGCAAGCAGAAGCGCGAUUGUUUUGAAAGAAACUUGUUUAAGCUUGCUUUUGUUUUUGGCAAAAAUGAUGAAACGCCAAAAGGUACCGCUGAUUUACAGGAAAAUGUUAUUCAAAACGAAUCAGUCGAUUUGAAUCCUUCAGAACAGUCGGAAUUAUCAGUAGCUACACAAGUUCUUAUAAAUCAUAGAACAGAAGGUUUAUGCAGCAAUAAGGAUAAAGAUUUCUCAAAAUCUGCACGGAUUUACCAAGAAGGAGAUAAACAAAAAGUGAGAACUCUAAACAAAUCAUUAUUUCAAUUGAAACUACAAAAUAAUGAAAUAGUAGAGCGUGAGUGGUUAUCGUAUUCGCCAUCAACUGGACGUAUAUAUUGCUUUGUAUGUCGACUUUUUUCAUCUGAAAAAGAUCAAUUUACAUUUUACGGAUUUAAUGAUUGGAAACACCCAGAGCGAAUUACGGAGCAUGAGCAAAGCAAAGCUCAUAAACAAACUUUAACUAUUUAUUCUAAACGGAGAAGAGAAACUGGUAGUUUAGAAAAUGCAUUAACGAUUCAACAAAAAAAUGAGAAAAAUUAUUGGAUUCAAGUAUUACGUCGAAUAACUGACACUAUAAAGUUUCUUGCUUCACGAGGUCUCGCUUUUCGAGGGGAGAACGAACGAUUCGGAUCUAGUCAAAAUGGCAAUUACUUAGGUAUUUUAGAAUUACUGAGCGAAUAUGACCCUUUCCUUAAAGAGCACAUUAAUACCUACGGAAAUAAAGGACAUGGAGUAACAUCAUACUUAUCAGCUAAUAUUUGUGAGGAAUUUAUAGGCCUUAUGGGGGAAAAAGUUCUUGCUUGCAUUAUAAGUGAGUUGAAGAAGGCAAAAUAUUAUUCUUUUUCUGUGGAUUCUACGCCGGACAUCACUCAUCUAGAUCAAUUAACGUUCACCGUGCGCUACGUUACCGAUCAGGGGCCUAUCGAACGUUUUUUAAUGUUCGUUCCUAUAGAAGGUCAUAAUGCCGAAUAUUUAACAGAGGUUGUAGUCAAAUUUUUUAAAGAUAAUGAUAUUGAUAUAAAUGACUGUAGAGGUCAAUCUUAUGACAACGCAUCGAAUAUGUCUGGACGCUAUUCAGGACUGCAAACCAGGAUAAGGGAAAUCAAUAAGUAUGCUGAUUAUAUUCCUUGUGCCGGGCACUCGUUAAAUUUAGUCGGCGUUAAGGCAGCUGAAUGUGUUAAUGCAGUCGUUAAGAACGAAAAAAAAGUCGUUAAAUCUUUAUCCGCUACUCGAUGGUCAGCCCGAGCUGAUGCAAUCAUCGCUCUUUUCACAGGUCAUACAGAUAUUACGAAAGCUCUAGAUGAUUUAUCAAAGGAUGAUACGCAGUCUAACGAGACUAGACUUGAAGCUAAGACCAUUUUAAAGCAAAUUACAAAAUUUGAAAAUGUCUUUAUAACUGUGGUAUGGCACGAAAUCUUGACACGUAUUAAUGAUACAUCUAAAAAUUUACAAAAAGAAAAUAUGGAUUUGUAUAUAGCAUGCAGUCUUUUAAAUUCCUUAGAAUUGUAUUUAUUGGAUAUCAGGGAUAAAUUCGAUGAGUUUUUAGAAAAAGCAAAAAGCUUUACUGAUAUCUGCGAAAGUGAAUCUACAUCUGAGCCAAGAAAUCGAAGAAGAAGCGUAAAACUUACUCGCUUUGAAGGAGAGAGUGAACAUACACAAUUUACUGGAGAUGAAAAGCUCAAAAUAGAGAUUUUUUAUCCGAUAAUCGAUUCACUUUGUUCCAAUUUGAAAACCAGAAAAACUGCUUACGAAACGGUGAAUGAUAACUUCAAGUUUUUUACUGCUCUACCAAACAUGACAUACGAAGGAAUAAAAGAAUGCUGCGAAAAGCUUGCCAGAAAAUAUGAUCAAGACAUUUCUGCAGAAAAUUUAAUAUCAGAAUGUUUACAUUAUAAACAUUAUCUUCGUGAUACACGAAAGAACGAAGAAUUAUUUAUUCCUGAUCUAUACUUGCAACUGAAGAAAGAAUUUCUGACGUCUACAUUCCCAAAUAUUGAAAUAAGUCUCCGAAUAUUCCUUACCCUAAUGAUCACCAAUUGUGCUGGUGAACGAUCAUUUUCUAGAUUAAAACCAAUGAUACCUAGUAACCGCUGGAUAGCGAUGAACAGAGGAAAACUUUCAGCUAAAAAAUUCAUUUCUGAUCCAACUUUGGUGCAAGUUAUGGAAACAGCGAGACAGGGAGGUCUUAUAAUUUCCAGCGCGGAUCGAACUCGACAGCUUAACAUUCCAAUGUUAUACACGGUUAAUAGCACAACCGUUAUGAACUAUUAA